GCCUGCUUGCAGUACGGUUAAUAGCAUGAAGAAAGUAGGUAAGAAGGCACAUACUAUGAUGAUUCCAUAUCCGUAUAAUACACUUGCGAAUGCGUUGUGUCCGCCUAUGGUCCCUUUUCAUGCUAUUAACCGUUCUGCAAGCGGGCGGGACUUCGCAUCGCUGAUAUAUAUACGUGUGUGCGUGUGCUACGUAUAUACAAACAUAAAGCAUACACACAAAAAUUCAUUGAUUUACAUCAAAUAAAGUACUAACAUUGAUUGAUUUUACAUAAUGUGCGUUCGAGGAAGCGAUACUAACGCUAUUUGUGUCAUUCUCUCUUUACUGUACCAUUAGACGUAAAACAAGGAUAGAAUAACACAAAUAGCGCUGAUAGCGUCAUCCCAAACGCAUACAUUCAGCAGCUUGAAAGCAACACUUCAUAACGAUUACUGGUAUAUAAAACGAGAUAGGAACUUCUAUACGAGUAGUUGCAUGCUACGACUCGCCACGGCAGUACCGCUAGUGUUCUAUAGAUAGUCAUACUUAUCAGACGUCUACAAAAAAAUUAUAGUGAGAUUUUCAAAUCUGUUUGUGCCAUGGAAUACUGGUCGAUAUUAUUAUCGAUAGCAAUCGGUGUGAUCAGCAUUCACUACCUUUUUAAAAAUUUUAAUCUCUUUAAAAGACAUGAUAUUAUACACAUAUCACCUGUUCCGAUAUUCGGAUCCACGAUAUCAAUUAUAUUUCGUCGAAUAUCAUUCAUAGAUUUCAUCCAAAAAGUAUACAAUUUGGAUCCAAACUCCAAAUAUCUUGGAUUCUACUUCAUGAUGAAUCCAAUAUUGGUGAUUCGUGAUUUAGAACUUAUUAAAAAUAUUCUUGUUAAAAACUUUGAAGCAUUUCCAGAUCGGCAAGCUUUCUCCGAUACAAAUGAUAUUUUAUUCAAGAACAAUUUGUUUUCUCUUCAUGGAGAAAAAUGGCGGAACGUGAGAAAUCUGUUGAGUCCCUCUUUUACUUCCAGCAAAAUGAAAAUGAUGUUCACAUUGAUGUCGGAAUGUGCUGUGGAUCUUACAAAAUUUCUAUCAACGUUGCCAGUGAAUGAAGAAAGUAUAAACACGAAAGACGUUUUCUCGAAAUAUACAAACGACGUCAUCGCUACUUGUGCAUUUGGAAUCAAAAUCAACUCUGUGAAGGAUCCAACGAAUAAAUUCUAUAUCUAUGGCAAGGAGAUAACGAGUAACUUCAAAGGGGUCGUUCGUGGUAUAAAGUUUCUUUUUCUUGGAACGUUUCCAAGAAUCAGUCGAAUUCUCAAUAUAAAAAUUUUGAACGAUUAUGUGUCGAAUUUCUUCAAAGACAUUAUAAAAACUACAAUCAUGACUCGUGAUGCGGAACAUAUUACGCGUCCGGAUAUGCUGCAGUUAAUGAUGGAUAUCAGAGGCAAAGAAGGUCGUAGAGAACUAGACAUCGACGACAUGACUGCGCAAGCGUUCAUAUUUUUUCUCGGUGGUUUCGAGACCAGUUCAACCGCAAUGUGCUUCGCAGCUCACGAAAUUGCAGCUAAUCCAGAAAUUCAGAUGAAAUUACAACAAGAGAUCGACAAAGCUUUAGAGGAGUCAAACGGAGAAGUGUCUUAUGAAGUCAUUAAUCGGCUCGAAUAUUUAGAUGCGGUGAUUAAUGAGACCCUUAGAUUAUAUCCACCAAUCGGUUUCUUAGAAAGGAAAUGCCAAAAAACUUUUGAGUUACCAUCCGCAUUGCCGGACAAGAAACCUUUUAUCAUGAAAAAAGGUAUGCUUGUUUGGAUUCCGAUGUCUGCAAUCCAACAUGAUGAAAAGUAUUACGAUAAUCCGGAGAAAUUUGAUCCAGAAAGAUUUUUGGACAACAAAAUGCACAAUUCUUGGUGUUAUAUGCCAUUUGGAUUAGGACCGAGAAUGUGCAUAGCUAACAGGUUUGCCAUGCUGGAAGUUAAAAUAUUGCUGUUUCACUUAUUAGCGCGAUGUGAUUUGAAACCUUCUGUGAAAACUGCUACCCCAAUGAAAUUUUCCAAAGAUGGGUUUCUAAUGCCAGAGGAUGGAUUUUGUAUUCAUUAUCUUUUUAGAAAUUUUAAUUUCUUUAAAAGACAUGGUAUUGUACACAUACCGCCUGUUCCAAUAUUCGGAGCCAUGACAUCGGUUGUAUUUCAUCGAAUAUCAUUCGUCGAUCUCCUGCUCAAGAUAUAUAAUUCCAAUCCAAAUGCAAAGUAUGUUGGAUUCUACUUGGCGACAACUCCAAUCUUCUUGCUUCGCGAUCCGGAACUCAUUAAGAAUAUCUUUGUGAAGAAUUUUGAGUCAUUUCCAAAUCGUAAUGGUUUUUCUGAUUUAAAUGACUCUAUAUUUGAAAAAAAUUUGUUUUCUCUUCAGGGAGAAAAAUGGCGGAACAUAAGAACUCUGUUGAGUCCCUCUUUUACGUCUAGCAAGAUGAAAAUGAUGUUCACGUUGAUGUCAGAAUGUGCUACAGACUUCGCAAAAUUUCUAUCGAUAUUUCCAUCGUAUGAAGAGGGUAUAAACAUGAAAGAUGCUUUCUCUAAAUAUACAAACGACGUUAUUGCCACGUGUGCUUUCGGAAUUAAAAUCAACUCUAUGAAGGAUCCCACGAAUAAGUUUUAUGUUAACGGCAAGAAAACAUCUAAUUUCAGAGGCAUUCGUGCCUUAAAGUUCCUCCUUGUCAGAAAUUUCCCGAGACUCGGGCGAAUUCUGAAUAUAAAGUUUGUGAAUGAAGAUGUGAAGCAUUUUUUCAAGGACAUUAUAAAGACCACAAUCGCUACUCGUGAUGCAGAACAUAUUACACGCCCGGAUAUGCUACAAUUAAUGAUGGAUAUCAGAAGCAAAGGAGAUCGUAGAGAACUGGAUAUCGACGAUAUGACUGCGCAAGCGUUCAUCUUUUUUCUAGGUGGUUUUGAGACCAGUUCAACCGCGAUGUCGUUCAUAGCGCAUGAAAUCGCAGCUAAUACAGAAGUUCAAACCAAAUUACAACAAGAGAUCGAUAAGGUUUUGGAGGAGUCGCACGGAGAAGUGUCUUAUGAAGCCAUUAAUCAGUUAGAAUAUUUAGAUGCAGUGAUAAACGAGGCUCUGAGAUUAUAUCCACCAAUCCCCGUAUUAGAAAGGGUAUGCGAAAAAACUUUUGAAUUACCAUCCGCAUUGCCGAACGGAAAAUCUUUUAUCGUAAAGAAGGGUAUGACUUUUUGGAUUCCGAAUUUCGCAAUCCAACGUGAUGAAAAGUAUUAUAAUAAUCCAGAAAAAUUUGAUCCAGAAAGAUUUUUAGAUGAUAAAAUGCAUAGUUCUUCAUGGUAUAUGCCAUUCGGAUUAGGUCCGAGAAUGUGCAUAGCUAAUAGGUUUGCUAUGCUGGAAAUCAAAAUCUUGCUGUUUCACUUAUUAGCGCGAUGUGAGCUGAAACCUUCUGUGAAAACUACUUCCCCAAUAAAAUUUUCUAAAGAUUUCAUGAUAAUGCCGGAAAAUGGAUUCUGGUUAAAUAUUCGGCGUAGAAAAGAUAAGCAUCCUGCGCUGAAGUCUACUGUAGUGGAUUGUUAA